CUCAUCCUCUGCCGCCAUAUCCACGCCAGCCACACCCUUCUCUCUCGGGAUCCGUUUAUUUCGCCGUUUUCUUCAUCCUCGCUCUCUCAAAACAGAGACCCACACAGCUUCAUCACAAGCGUCCCGUGCUUCAGGGAUAUCCUUCUUCCAACCUCUUCCCUUCUCUCUCCUCUUCAAUCUCUUUCUCAAUUUUCUCCUCAUUGGGCUUUUCUCUUCCUGCUUCAAAAUCAAAACUUGAUGAAUUACUUCCUCUGAGAAGUAAGAUAAGAGGAAGAUCAAAAUAAAAGUUUUCUCCUCCUUCAAAAUUUUUUGGGUAGAAAUGGAACAGAAAGGCUUGUUGAUCUCAGCGUUGAGUGUUGGGGUUGGAGUUGGGGUGGGUAUAGGGUUGGCUUCUGGGCAAAGCGUAAGCAAAUGGGGAGCCAAUACCGGUUCCUCAAACGCCCUUACUGCAGAAAAGAUAGAGCAAGAAAUGCUUCGAUUGGUUGUUGAUGGCAGAGAAACCAAAGUCACCUUCGAUCAAUUCCCUUAUUAUCUCAGUGAGCAGACACGCGUGUUGCUGACAAGUGCUGCUUAUGUUCAUUUAAAACAUGCUGAGGUCUCUAAAUUUACUCGGAAUCUUUCUCCUGCAAGCCGGACUAUUCUACUCUCCGGACCAGCAGAACUUUACCAACAGGUGCUUGCCAAGGCUUUAGCUCAUUACUUUGAAGCGAAGUUGCUUCUGUUGGAUUUAACUGACUUUUCAUUGAAGAUCCAAAGUAGAUAUGGUUCUGGCAACAAAGAAUCCGUUUUUAAAAGGUCCACUUCAGAGUCAACUUUGGAGAGACUAUCUGGCUUAUUUGAAUCAUUUUCUAUCUUUCCACAGAAGGGGGAACCUAAAGUUGCAGGAAAGAUCAUCAGACAAAGCAGUGGAGUGGACCUCAGAUCAAUGGGGACUGAUGCAUCUUGCAAUGCUCCUAAAAUUCGUCGGAAUGCUUCUGCCUCUGCAAAUAUCAGUAGCCUUGCCUUGCAAAAUGCUCCUUCUAAUCCAGGUUACUUCAAGAACUUAUGGAAUCGAAUCAAUGAUGGUCCUCUUAAGCGCACAAGCAGUUGGUCAUUCAAUGAAAAGCUUCUUAUACAAUCUCUUUACAAGGUCCUUAGUUAUGUGUCAAAAACUUACCCCAUCGUGUUGUACCUGCGGGAUGUUGAUAAGUUGCUAAAUAGAUCACAAAGGACUUACAAGUUGUUACAAAAAAUGCUGGAGAAACUAUGUGGACCAGUUUUAAUUCUCGGUUCACGAGUUCUGGAUUCUGUUAAUGACUACAAUGAGGUAGACGAGAAACUUGCUUCAGUCUUCCCUUACAACAUCAAAAUUAGACCUCCAGAUGAUGAAUCGCAUCCUGUCAGCUGGAAAACUCAACUUGAAGAGGAUAUGAAAAAGAUACAGGUUCAGGAUAACAAAAAUCAUAUUUUGGAAGUACUUGCUGCCAAUGAUCUUGAGUGCGAUGAUCUAGAUUCCAUCUGUGUGGCAGACACAAUGGUUCUCAGCAAUUACAUAGAAGAGAUUGUUGUGUCAGCAAUUUCUUAUCAUUUAAUGAAAAACAAAGACCCAGAGUACAGAAAUGGGAAACUUGUUAUUUCAUGCAAUAGUUUAUCCCGAGCGUUGGGUAUAUUCCAAGACGGAAAAUCCAAUGGAAGAGAUACAUCAAAAUUGGAAGCUCAAGAUGUGAAAUCUGAGAAGGAAAUAAGGGAAGGUGCUGCUGUGAAGCCUGAAGCAAAGUCUGAAAAUGGUGCUCCAGAAAAGAAAACUGAAGGAGCAGCGAGAGCUUCAGUGGCAAAGGCUGAUAAUGCAACUUCAGUUCCUCCAGAACCCAAAGUCGUUGAACCUCCUCCAGAUAAUGAGUUUGAGAAGCGCAUAAGGGCAGAGGUAAUACCAGCAAAUGAGAUUAAUGUGACAUUUUCUGAUAUUGGUGCCUUAGAAGAGACAAAAGAAUCCCUUCAAGAACUGGUGAUGCUUCCACUACGAAGGCCGGACCUUUUCACCGGAGGCCUUCUAAAGCCUUGUAGAGGAAUAUUGCUGUUUGGUCCUCCUGGCACAGGGAAGACAAUGCUGGCUAAGGCCAUUGCAAGGGAGGCUGGAGCGAGCUUCAUCAAUGUAUCCAUGUCUACCAUAACUUCCAAAUGGUUCGGUGAAGAUGAAAAGAAUGUUCGAGCUUUGUUCACACUGGCAGCCAAGGUCUCCCCAACUAUUAUAUUUGUUGAUGAGGUCGAUAGCAUGCUUGGCCAACGCACAAGAGUUGGAGAGCAUGAAGCCAUGAGAAAAAUAAAGAAUGAAUUCAUGGCUCAUUGGGAUGGCCUUAUGACAAAACCAGAUCAGCGCAUCCUUGUUCUUGCUGCAACCAACAGGCCCUUUGAUCUAGAUGAAGCCAUUAUCAGGCGAUUCGAAAGAAGAAUUAUGGUAGGGCUUCCAUCUGCAGAAAACAGGGAAAAGAUUUUGAGGACUCUUUUGUCUAAAGAAAAGGUAGACGAUCAAGUUGACUUUAAGGAGCUAGCAACUAUGACAGAAGGAUAUACUGGAAGUGAUUUGAAGAAUCUAUGCACAACUACUGCUUAUCGGCCUGUUAGAGAGUUAAUUCAGCAGGAGAGACUGAAGACUCUGAAGAAGAAGCAGAAAGCUGCUAAUAAAGAUGUACAAGACAGACAUAGAGAACAAUCUACAACGGAAGAUGCCCCAGAUGCUGUGAAUGCACAAGAGGAAGUUGAACAGGAAAGAGUUAUUGUCCUUAGGCCAUUGAACAUGCAGGACUUCAGAGAGGCCAAAAAUCAGUUUUGGGAACAUAGGUUGCUGCAAGCUUUGCAGCUGAGGGAGCAGGAAUGAGUGAGUUGAAGCAGUGGAAUGACUUAUAUGGUGAAGGUGGUUCAAGAAAGAAACAGCAAUUAAGUUACUUCCUAUGAGAUUUGCAUUCAAGGAAAUUAAAUAAUCCACAGCUGAAUCCUUCUGGUAGAAUCGUAAGUCUCCAUUUUCAGAAUUUGAUGAUAGUGAGGAGGCCAUUUUCCACUGAGCAAACAUCUAUCAAGCUAUAUCAGUAAAUACUUCACACAGUAGUAUGUUGCUGAUGCUUCAUUUUGAGCACAAGAACAGCUACAUUUAGUGUUGUACGUCCAUGGCUCCGUGGAUGGAGAAUGAAACAUAUAUAGUCCAUAGUUAAGGAGUAUAUAUAUAUAUAUAUAUAUAUAAUGUAGUUAGUCUUAAAGAGGAGCUUGUAUUAUCUGUGCAAUGGUGUGGUCAGCUUUCUGUAUGUUACAGAAGUUUGGAGAGAGGCAUUGUUUGUCAGCACGAUGAUGAUUGUUUUAUCAAACUUCCUCUCUUAUUAUGGAAAAGAAGAAAUCGAUGAUGAUUCAAUGUUUA